ACUUACACGGAAUGUUUUGGUGUGGCACAUGGGAACGCGGAAAAGAGGUUGUGUUUCCCGGGUUUGUUUAUGUUUUCCUUCUUUUACCAAAUUUAACGGAAAAUCAUGGCGGUGAGCGCCGUCCACCUGGAGUCCGACGCCUUUCUGGUGUGCAUGAACCACGCGCUGAGCACGGAGAAGGAGGAGGUGAUGGGUCUGUGUAUCGGGGAGGUGGAGGUCUCCCGUAUCGUCCACAUCCACUCCGUCAUCAUUCUCCGCCGCUCCGACAAGAGGAAGGACCGGGUGGAGAUCUCCCCGGAGCAGCUGUCAGCGGCCUCCACGGAGGCGGAGCGGCUGGCGGACAUUACCGGUAGGCCGAUGCGAGUGGUCGGCUGGUACCACUCCCACCCGCACAUCACCGUGUGGCCCUCCCACGUCGACGUGCGGACCCAGGCCAUGUACCAGAUGCUGGACCAGUUUUUCGUGGGCCUCAUCUUCUCCUGCUUCAUCGAGGAUAAGAACACGAAGACGGGCCGGGUGCUGUACACCUGCUUCCAGUCCGUGCAGGCGCAGAAGGGCUCCGAGUACGAGCGCGUGGAGAUCCCCAUCCACGUCUUGCCCCGCGAGGCCAUCGGAAAGGUGUGCCUGGAGUCGGCCGUGGAGCUGCCGCGGAUCCUGUGCCAGGAGGAGCAGGACACCUACCGUAAGAUCCACAGCCUGGCGCACCUGGACCCCGUCACCAAGAUCCACAACGGCUCCGUGUUCACCAAGAACCUGUGCAGCCAGAUGUCGGCGGUGAGCGGGCCGCUGCUGCAGUGGCUGGAGGACCGGCUGGAGCAGAACAAGCAGAGUAUCUUGGAGCUGCAGCGGGAGAAGGAGAAGCUGAUGCAGGAGCUGGCAGCUUUGUGAGCCUGAUCAGUCCAGGCAUCACUCCCUGCUCUCUGUUCCAGAGGACAAGAACAAUGUGCUGUGCUUAUUUUAGCUUCUUUACUAUUUUCUUAUCAUCCAGACCUGUCUGGGUGUUGAACCUCAAUACUUUGAGUGAAAAGUUUCAAACUGUUGACAUUAAAUGUCUGGUCACAAUUAAAUUCUUGGCUGCUUAUUCUUAAUUAGCUGUCAUUUAAUAUUCCUCAGAAUAGUGAACAGGUGUCCCACCUUAUUUGGGACUGCUUGUCCCCAUGCUGCACAUGUUAACACAGUGGUUCCCAUUUUGAUCGGCUCUGGUCAACUUAAAACAUGCAAGCUGCACAAGAAAGAGAUGUGCUGACCUGUGGAUGCAUGCUGCGAUCCUGAAACCCAAAGAUGUUUACUAGACAGGAAAAAACAGCUGAAAUAACAGUUUUUACAAUAAAAAAAGAGAAUACGUGAGUGUACAAAGACUCACCAAAUCAAA